AUGACAAUGUCACGAAAAACAGAACUACCUCCGCUGUGUAUAACUCCACCACCUGAGCUGCUAGGGGAUGUUCUCAGGGAGCAUUAUACACCCCUGCCUUUCAUGGCCUCGAUCAACAAAAUGAAGAGGCUCCCAUCUGGACACUACUUGUGUUUGGAAAACUUUGAAGAUGUCUUAGAGAGACGACAGGCAGCUAAUGCCAAGGAAAGAGAGCGGAUUAGAAAUAUCAACAGUGGGUUUUCAAAGCUGAAAACCAUUGUGCCCUUGAUUCCCAAGGACCGGAAACCAAGUAAAGUUGAUACACUAAAAGCUGCCACUGAGUACAUUAGACUUCUUCAUGACAUCUUGGAGGACACGGGUGGAUUUGAGAAAGUAGAUGAUGUUCCUGAUGUAGACCCUCCUGACGGGUACCCAGGUCCAGUCUCCAUGAUGCCCGAGUACAUGGGGUCCCUUCCGGCUGAAUUCCAUCUGAAGCCUUUAGGAAAUAUGUCGGGGAACGUCCCCUUCUUGCUAAAGCCUGAAGAGCCCGUGUGUUUAUGGAGAGCAGGCGGUGUGUUCCCUGGUUAUGUGGGCAUUGUACAGAUCCACAAAGCAGGCCGACUGAUGUUUCAUGGUGGUCUGUGAAGGAGCAAUCUCUUUCCACACGUUGGU